AUGGAUCGCUCAAACUCAAUAUCAUCUCUCGCUUCGAGCGGAUCUACCAAAUCAAGAGAUUCAGCGAGUCCUUUUGCAUAUCAAACACGCCUGCUUGAGCGCACUUCUUCUCGGGGAGGGGGGGCUACUCUUUCUCGCAAUUCGUCCUUGUCAAGUAACCCGAAUCUAAGUCCUACACCUGCCACUCCCGUGGCUGCAAGGCGAUGGGCACCGUCACAUCGGGUAGGAAGCAGUUUAGAUGCUGUCCGUGGAAAAUGGGAGGAACGUGCGAAGGCAGAAACAGUAUUGGACGGACGUACGACUCCCAGCCCCUUGAAGGAUUACAGGUCAAGAAGGGACUCAACUUCGUCUGCAGCCUCUGUACUGUCUCCACAGAUCACUUCUACAUCGACACUUUCAGACCAUGUAUCGCUCUCUUCUCUUUCUUCUCGUUCGGAUGACUCAAGUCCCCAUAGAACUCCUACUUAUCUGAAACGUCAUACACUCCCUACCCAUAUCGUCGCAACACCAUUGUCCCCAAAUACCACAGGAAUCUCCGUGGAGAAUCCGGACUCUCCCACUUCAUUAUCUUUUGCAACCCCUACUCCCCACCGUAUACGUCUUCCUUCAUCAACUCCUUUACAGUCAUCUUCGAUAUCAGCUGUAAAGGAACUUAGCGGAUAUACUGUGUCUGCUGCUUCUACAAAUUCAGCCCAGACGUCUCCAUCUCUUCGUACUCGGCGAUCUAAUACCAUCGAUAAUGUAGCUUCAAAUUAUUCUGGAUGGACUGGACCGCCCAAAGCACCCGAGUCUUCUUCUGCAGCAUCCACUGACUCAGUCAAUCAAUCUCGAUCGCCAUUUACAUCGAAUUCAGCUGCUGUUCCAUCUCGUAGGCGGCCAAUUUCUGUCUACGGUGGCGAAUUUCCUGUCUCGUCCACUCGAGGAAGAAUAAAUCCGCGGUCAGCGUCUGAUGUGGACCUUUCAAAAGAUACCUCGAGGUCUCCAGAAAGACCUCCUAGCAGCCGCCCUUAUUCCCCUGCAUCCCCAUCCCCCGCAUCAUCUGUGAUGUCGCCGGCUCCCUACCGAAGCUCCUACAUGUCUAACAAGAAGUCAUCUACGUACGGCCAAAUUGCUGGCCGUAAAUUAGGCCGACACCUUCCCCGCAUAGCUAGUGGCGAUGCUGACGAUGAUUGGAAUGGAGAUACCCAAGUGGACGAUAAACUCCAACCUCCAGAGCCAUUGCAUAGGAGGAGCCGAAUUGUAGAAGAGCCUGAAUUGCCUCCCGUAGCAGCACAAGAACUUAUUGUUCCUGGUGUAACAAAUGCAGACGAUGUGACUGGAGUACCUGGCCGUUUACGACUAUCGCGCAAUAAGGCGCCUAGCACACCCACUUCGCCUUUGCCCUCUGCUCGAUUAACAAGAGGCCUGUGGGCUGAUACGCAACGACAUCUGCUACAAGCUUAUGAAUACCUUUGUCAUGUUGGCGAGGCUCAACAAUGGAUCGAAGGCUGUCUUGGUGAAGAGCUUGGUUUUGGAGUUGUAGAGAUGGAAGAAGGGCUGAGGAACGGGGUUGUGCUUGCAAAGUUAGUGCGAGCUUUUCAGGGUGAACGAGUAGUGAAACGAAUCUAUGACGCUCCCAAGCUGGAUUUUCGUCAUUCAGAUAACAUCAACUAUUUUUUCAACUUUGUGAGAGGGGUUGGGCUCCCAGAGUGUUUCAUCUUCGAGUUAACCGAUUUAUAUGAAAAGAAAAAUUUACCGAAGGCUAUAUAUUGUAUACAUGCUUUGAGUCAUCUUCUUGCUAGGCGUGGUCUAGCUGAACGCAUUGGCAAUCUAUUGGGGCGUCUCCAGUUCUCAGACGACCAGCUUCAAAAGACUCAGAAAGGACUGAACGAUGCUGGAGUCGCAAUGCCGAAUUUUGGCAAUGUUGGCAGGGAACUUGCCCGUGAAAUUAACGAAGAACCAGAAGUUGAAGUUGAAACUGAAGAAGAUCGCCGUGAUCGUUUGUUAUUGGAGAAUGAAGCCUCUAUACUUGCAGUUCAAUGUUUUGCACGUGGUUUCUUAGUACGAAAGGCUCAAGCUACGCAGCGUGUCAGGAUACGCCUAGCCGAACGCUACGUUCCAAAGAUUCAAACACAUUGCAGAGGGGUGCUAGCACGGAGAAAGAUUAACCAACAGCGUCAAGAAAAGAGCGAUUUAAAACCCUGGGUCAUUGCUCUACAGGCUGCUUCUAGGGCCGCUAUUGCACAAAGGCAGUGGCUUUCAUACGUUCGAAGGGUUAAAGCAUCUGGAAAGUACGUGGUAAAGGUUCAAGCUCAGAUUCGUGGCCUUCUAUUACGUCGGCGGUAUGCACAAUUGAAAGCUGCCAUGAGGAGCAGUAGUGUAUCGGUCGUCAAGCUUCAAUCGUUAGCCCGAGCACGAAUUUCUAGGAAAACCCACCAGCAGGUUGCGAAAACGUUUGCCAAGCCUGAAAUUGUUUUCUCUGUCGUGGCUUUGCAGGCGUCUGCUCGAGGAUAUUUGAAAAGAGCCGCACUUGCUAAGCAGUCAGGUCUUCUUCAACGAUCUGUACCUUCAAUUUCGGGCUUACAGGCUCAUUGUCGAGGAGUACUCAUGCGCAGACGUAUGCGUACCCAGUUCGCCAAGCUGGAGGAUGUGUCAUACAUCGUAAUACGUAUGCAAGCUGCUGUUCGCACAUAUCUUGCAAGGAAGCGUUUACUCUCACUCAUUCGUGGACUUCGCAAAGCGACACCCAUGCUUGUUGGGCUUCAAGCUAGGGCCCGAGCUAGUCUGGCGCGACAACAGCACAGAAAUGUUAACAAGAAACUGUCCGAAGUGAAAGUCGUUGCUGCUGUGGGUGGAUUCCAAGCAUUGGCCCGUGCGGCGGUGACUCGCAAUCGCCAUCGUGAACAACAUAAGCGCUUAGAGUUCGUCGAGCCCGAUGUUUUAGGUCUACAAGCACAAGCUCGUGGAUAUCUUGUUCGCACAGAAUAUUUUGCAUGGAGAGACCAUUUGUGGAAUAGUCAGCCUGUUGCUACCAUGCUACAAGCCUUGUUGCGAGGAGUACUACAGAGGAGGAGUUUCCGUGCUAAGAUGAAGUACUACCGAGAUAAUCUUCACAAAGUCGUCAAAAUUCAGUCCCUCUUCCGCGCUAAGGAGACUCGCGAGCAGUAUAGGCAGCUAACAUUAGGGACGAAUGUUACUGUUGGUACCAUCAAGAAUUUUGUGCAUCUCUUAGAUGAUUCUGAGACUGAUUUCCGGGAAGAAAUCAAAGUGGAGAGGCUCCGGAAAAAAGUUGUGGAGAACAUUAGAGAGAAUCAAGCCUUGGAAAACGAUGUUAGCGAUCUGGACGUUAAGAUCGCACUGGUCGUCCAAAACGUGAAGAGUUUCGAGGAACUCAUCAAGGCCAGGCGCAGAUAUGGCGCGGACAGUGCAGCUGCACAUGCAACACGAGCAUCUAUCCUGGCUGCUCAUGGUGACCCAUUCGCUGGCCCAAACACCCUUGAUCACGCAGCCAAACGUAAGCUGGAACUGUACCAGCAGCUCUUCUACCUGUUGCAGACACGAGGGGAGUACUUAAGUCGCCUUUUUACUCGGAUGUCGAAGGAGGACACUUCCGAGAAGAACAGACGGCUGAGUGAGCGUGUUGUCUUGACCUUAUUCGGCUAUGGCCAGGAUCGCCGAGAGGACUAUCUUUUCCUAAAGCUCUUCCAAUUAUCUAUCCACGAAGAGAUCUUUAGCGCGUCAUCUAUCGAAGAAGUAGUCCGCGGUCAUCCAACCUACGUGAACCUAGCAGUUCAUUAUGUCCGUCCCAAACAAGUUGCCUAUGUUCGAGAAACACUUCAGUCUAUUAUCCGUGAAUUGACUGAAGCUGUUGACCUUGAUCUGGAAGCCGAUCCUUCUAUUAUCCACCGUGCCAGAAUAGACGUCGAGGAGAUGCGAUCAGGUAUUGCCACUGCCAAAGUAAAAGAUGUUCCCUUCUAUGAGGCUUUGAACGAACCCGACACCAGAGCCGAAUACAUACGCCACCUUCAGAAGCUUCAAUGGUGGACCGAGGCCUUCGUGACAUCUAUCCUACAAUCGACGAAGAGGAUGCCAUAUGGCAUGCGAUUUAUGGCAAGAGAGACUCUGCUUUCCUUACGAGAAAAGUUUCCUGAUGCACCCGAAGAGGCUUAUGCUACUUGCAUUGCGAGAUUGGUAUACUACCGCUAUCUCAACCCUGCCAUCAUCACACCAGAAACAUUCGAAAUAGUACCCACCACGGUUGAUGUAGCUUCUCGCAAAAAUCUGGCUCAAAUAUCUAAGGUGUUGGCCCAAAUCACCACAGGUCACGAGUUUGGGGACGAUCACCCAAGCUAUGUCCCUAUCAACGACUACAUUCGUAAAUCUGUCAAGCAGAUGACGGCCUGGAUGCUUCAAGUUGCUGAUGUGCCCGACGCUGAGAGCUACUAUCACGCUCAUGAAUUCCUUGAUGCAACAGUCCAGCCCAAGCCGAUCUAUAUCUCUCCUAAUGAGGUCUACUCUAUGCAUGCUAUUCUUUCUCGAUAUCAGGAGGACUUGGCAAGCUCUCGCGAGGACACGCUGCGGGUAAUUCUUCACGAGCUGGAUGGCGUCCCGAACCUCGAUAACGACGAGCUCAAAGAUGCAAGAGACAGAGCUGUGACUCUUGAGCUGACUAAUAGAUUUGCGCACGUACGAGAUCCUCACGCAGAUGAAAAGGCUCUGUGGGUGCAGGGCAAGCGUGGGGUCUUGGCUAUCCUUCGAGUUCAACCUGCACAAGAUCUUGUUGACUCCUUGAUGCGUCCUGUUACGGAUGAUGAUGAAGCCCGUUGGGAGAAUAUCGUGGAAGAGAUGGAGAGUGAGCCGAUGCCCAGGCGCAUGCCCUCCACCGCUGGAGGCGAUUCAGCUUACAGACUUGAGGAUAUACGCUCGCUCUCAUUCAAGGAGGUGAAAGCGCAUGCUAUCUUUUUCCUACUGGAAUUAGAAAAGCAAGGGAAGAUUACUCGGAACGAUGGUUUCCAAGGUAUACUCAAUGCUAUUGCCAGUGACGUCCGCAGCAAGCAUCGCAAACGCCUGCAACGUCAGCAGGAGAUGGAUAGCAUGAUGGAAGCAAUGAAGCAUCUCAGUGAACGGAAGAAAAACUUCCAAGAACAGAUCGAUAGUUAUCACGACUAUGUUGAGGCGGCUAUGGCGACAAUGCAGCGCGGGAAAGGGAAGAAACGCUUUGUUCUUCCGUUUACUAAGCAGUAUUUCCAUCUUCGUGAUCUUCAGAAAUCUGGGAAAAGCCCACAGUUCGGGUCCUUCAAAUACAGCGCAAAGGAACUAUACGAGAAAGGCAUCCUACUUUCCAUUGAUCAAUAUUCUCCUCGACAAUUCGAUAAGAUUGACCUUAUCAUAUCCUCUAACAAGGCUGGUAUCUUCACCAUCGAAUUAUUCAAUAGUUCACUAGGGCUUACGAAUCGUAUUGCGUCCGCGGACCUCCGAAUGGAAGACCUUUUGCAAUCCCAGUUCGAAAACCAAGCUUCACUGUCCCUGUUCAACGGCAUGGUGAAAGUCAAUCUCAGUCUAUUGUUAUAUCAGAUCAAUAAGAAGUUCUACGUUUGAUUUUCGUUCUCUCCAGCGCCUUCCACAAGUAACUGGACUUUUUUCCCCAGUCAUCGUGCUCUUUCGGUCUGUAUGCAUUUUUGUAGCCGUAAUUCGGCAUUUGUAUCGUUUUUCUCAACCUUCCGACCGUAAACGGUAUUCGAGUAGUCGUACAUGCAAACAUAUAUGACAUAUAUAUCUGCUAUUCAUGUAUUCAAAGCAAAGAAUCUAGCUUACACAAUACCAUACAGUACAUAAUGUUCCCGAGCUUCAAGCUCAUAUGGUGAAAAGGAAAU